AUGUCCGGUGGUACAGUCAUGGAUCAUAUGCCUUCUUUACCUCACCAAAAUGACCAAAAUGUUAUCCGCCAUUUAACCAACUUGGUUAAAUCUCCAGCGAGCGGUGAUGCUGAUAUUAAGAAAAAGGAAGAUUCCAUUAUGGAGCUUGGAAAUAUUCUUGCUCAAAGCAAACAAACAGAGGAACUUCGUAAGAUGAUCGAGCAGACUCGUCCUUUCCUCGUAUCUUUGGGAAAAGCAAAAGCUGCCAAGCUUGUGAGAAAUCUUGUUGAUUUAUGUUUGAUGAUUGAUGGACAAGAUGGAGACAUUAAGGUUGAGCUCGUCCGUGAAUGUAUACAAUGGGCAACUGAGCAAAACAGAACGUUCUUGCGCCAAACAUUGGAAGCUCGCCUUAUUCGUUUGUUCAACGAUCUUGGAAGAUAUAACCAAUCUCUUCCCACUGCCGCUGAAUUAAUCAGAGAGUUGAAAAAAUUGGAUGACAAAGACGUUCUUGUCGAAGUUGAACUGGAAGAAUCCAAAGCCUACUAUCAUCUCGGAAACAUUGGAAAAGCUCGUGCUUCCUUAACAGGAGCUAGAACUACUGCCAAUGCCAUCUAUGUUCACCCAAAGAUGCAGGCUUCCCUCGACCUGCAGUCUGGAAUUCUCCAUGCUGCCGACGAGAAAGACUUCAAAACAGCGUUCUCAUAUUUCUAUGAAGCUUUCGAGGGAUAUGAUUCCUGUGACAAGAACAUGGCUCUUCUCUCUUUGAAGUACAUGCUUUUGUGCAAGGUUAUGCUCGAUGUCCCAGAUGAGGUUCCCACUCUUUUGGCUGGAAAAUUGGCUUUGAAAUACAGUGGAACUGAUCUCGAUGCUAUGAGAGCUAUUGCUACAGCUUCUAAGAAGAGAAGCUUAGCUGAUUUCAACCAAACUUUCGGAGCUUACCGUCAAGAAUUACAAAUGGAUGCUGUUGUAAAGAAGCAUUUCAACUCUUUGUCUGAAACUAUGCUCGAAAAGGAUUUGUGUCGUUUGAUUGAGCCAUAUUCUUUUGUACAAAUUGAUCAUAUCGCUAAUGAAAUCAGAAUCGACCGCGCUAAGGUUGAGAAAAAGCUUGCUCAAAUGAUUUUGGAUCGUAAAUUCAGCGGCUCUCUCCACCAAGGAGAUGGAAUGCUUAUUGUUUAUGACGUAUCCCCUCCAGAUCCAACUUACGAAACUGCUUUGGAAACAAUUCACGCUAUGGGUGAAGUUGUGGAUGCCUUGUAUCACAGAGCUUGUAAAUUACGUGGUCUUGCCAUGAAAAGGAAAGUGCGUAUAGUUAACGAGAAAAACACCGUUCGAUAUCAUUUAUCGUAUAUUGAUGAAAUAUUUCAAAGCUUCCAUGUCCAUCCUCAGAAGUCAGUACAGUAUGUUCUUCAACGUGUGUUGAUAACCUGUGGAGGAGAAUGGGAGAUUUCUGCUUGGCAUUCAGCUAACAUUCUUCUAACAUGUGUUGGGAUUCAUAUAAGAGUACCUCCAAGUUCAUUUAAUCUGAAUGAAGACCACGCAGCACGUCUGAUCACACUGGUCCUCAAGUUUGCGACAGAGGAGCAAAAAGGUCGUAGCAUCCAAGAAAUCCAAGGCGCAGACGCUCUUUUCACUGCGUUAGUCGAGAGCCACAAUAACACCCUCUGCCCGCGGCGGCCGCUUCAUAAAUUUAUAGAUCACUUAUUUGGUAAAACUUGCAACUCCGAUUUUUCAUACGUGGCCCACGCCAUUUGCUUUAUCGCGUCGUUGGCACCUGAAGUGGUUUACGAAGUUAUCAAGGAACAUCCUGAAGCCCUCAAAAGAUUCGCUCAAUUUUUCGUAGAAUAUCAAGCUGAUGACUGUCCUCUUCGUUCUCAGUUUAUCGUUCGAAUAGUCAAUUUCUACCUGGGUGGUGAAUUUCCCGGAGUUUGCCCUGUAUCGGUUACAAGAUUCGUUCAUCGGUGUAUCGAAGACCCUAAUAGAUCGGGUGCCGAGAGAGAGCCUUUAAAACCCCUCAUUUUCUCUGUUUUGGCUCGUUUUUCAAAAGUCCCAAACAUUAUCCAGGCCUCCCAGCUUGCUCAGCAAGUAACGACUAUAAUCAAGAAAGGAAUUGAAGACCCAGCGGAUUUGAAAAUGGCGUUCGAUCGAGCAAACAAUAUGUUAUUACAUGUGUUAAUGAAUAAAGGUGGAUGGGAUUAUAUCCAAUCGAAAGCCUCCGUAAUAAAUUUCUUGAAAAAAAAUGGCUGCGGAGAAUACCGAUGUUACUCACCACAGAGUAUAGCUCAAACUAUCUUACAUUGUGUUUGUAAAAUUAGAGAUAAAGUAGUCACUGAUGUCGACCCAAACCUUCUGGUCAGUGUUUUCAACACAUUUAAUGAAAAGGCAAAUUGGGAAGAUGUCGUGAAGUGCCUAGAUUCUGAUAUGUUACUAGUAGCCUCUAGAGAAGAUUUAAAGUUUAUCACAGAUGUUCUAUUGGCAGGAUUAGCGUCAAGCGAAACUGCCUUCCCUGUAUUUCAUUUGUACAAAAAAUGGAAGAAUGUAAGAAAUCAGUUGAAAUGGUUGAAACAUAUUGUGGAGAAUCCCGAUAUUUUCUCGCUUCAUUCUUCCCCCCACACUCCACUUCCCAUAGGAAUCUUUAAAACUCCCCCGGAUGACAAAAAUAUUUUCAUUUCCAAUUGGAAGUGCGUUGAGCUCUAUACUAUUCUUUUAACAAUUGCCGAAGAAUCACCCGAGUUACGAGAAGAGGUGCAAAAUGUAUUUUGGACAGCAAUUCCCCAAUUUCCGGAUAUAAUCUUGUUAGGUCUCUUUCAAUCCCAAUUACCGUUCCGUCCUCAUCAACAGGAUUCUUAUUCUCUUAGGUCAACACUUAUUACAAUCAUUCUCAAAGUCAUUAUACCAUCUCAUGCGAACGCAGCUGCCAUUCUCCAUGAAGGCUGGAAUAUCGAAGGGCGUUGUUGUAGUGAAUUUAGGCAAAUAAUUACAAAUAUAUUCAUUGGUUUCUACAAAGAUACCGCAGAAAUUGAUGAUGCGAGACGAUUAACGAGAAUACUUGAUCUUUCCCACGAGGUGAAACCGGGUUGUCUAUCGUCCCUCAUUUCUUCGGACGAACUUGCCUUCUCAGUCGAGUUGGCUUGUUUAGCAUCGAAGAGAGAUUAUUUGAAGUUGGAUAAAUGGCUCUUGGACAAAUAUCAAACUCAUAAAGAGGCUCUGUUAGAAGACAUAAUAGCCAUCCUUCAAAAGAGGGCACCUGCGUCACAUGGUAUUGUCCCACCAUCAGCUAACCCCUUGCCAGACGAUCUAUUCGUCUAUCUUCUUCAAUUUUGUAAAACAGCUAUCGACGUUCUUGGAGCCAAAGGGAACAUUUACAAAGAUAGAAUUCGCGUUUUCGAACAACAACCAGAGGUCAUGAAGGAGAGUGGUCGUAGCUCUUCUGUGUCCUCUACGGGACGGGCCCCAAUGCCUGGGUUUCCACAACAUUCUGAUCAGCUUUCUGGCUUCAACAUGCAUAAGGAUCCUAUCCUGCAAAACUUUUCCCAAAACAAGGAGCCUGGAUUAGGUUUCCUACCCAAAGAGUCAUUAUCCGGCUUUCCACAUUCGGAUCCCCGAAUUGCUAGGCCGAUGAUGUUUGGUAGUAGCGCAGCAUCAUUUAACUCUCUUCCAAGUUUUAUGCCGCCUGGUCAAGCCCAUUCAGCUGGUAAUCCUAUGGGUUUGAGUAAUAUGUUUGGGGCCAAGUCGCUAGGAGGAAGUCAAGAAUUAAUUAAGCCAUCAUCUGGUGCACAACCAAUCAGCAUCAACACCUUCCCUGGGUCGACCAGUUAUGGGACUCAUUCACCUACCAAUCAGUCAUCAAGAGUACCAGGUCCUCAAGCUCCACAACGACAGAAUUCAUCUUCGUCGUCGUGGUCGCUGCCAGGAGCUACAGGGCAUAGGCCUGCUGGUCCCCCAACACCAUCGCAACAAAUGGAUUUCCGUGCACAAUUACCACCAACUGGUGCAGAUUUCCAAGUUCGACAAAAUCCAAAUCAGUUAUCGGAUGAUUUCACAACUCUUGUGUUUUCUGAAGAUAUUCAAGAAGAAGCGAACAGCUACUUCGAACAAAUAUACAACAACUCUGGUGUUUUGACUGUCCAUGAGCUUAUAGAUCGAUUGAAGAGGUUUAAGAGCUCAAACAAUCCUAGAGAUCAGAAGGUCUUGGCUUGCGUUGUCAAAAAUUUGUUUGAGGAGUAUCGAUUUUUCGGUGACUACCCUGAGCGCGAGUUAAAGACGACGGCCGAAGUUUACGGCGGUAUUAUUCGAGAAGGAAUAAUAAGUAAUUUACAUUUCGCCACAGCCGUUAGGAAAGUUAUCGAAUCGUUGAGUGCUGAUCCUAACUCUAAACUUUGGACUUUCGGCAUAGUAUCAUUAGAUCAUUGUCGUACGAAAUUGAAAGCUUAUCCUAGGGUUUGUUCCAUGAUCUCAAUGCUGGAAAACUUCAAUCGUUUUCCACCUGCUCUUCAAGAGUUUGUAUUAGCUGGAAAGAAUGGAGAUUUCCCACCAAAUCCUUCUGUGGCUCCUACAGUUAGCGAAGGACGUUCAACACCGCCUGUCUGGCAACCAGGACAAAGGGUUGGUAACGACAACAAAUCUGGAGUAGCAACUCGAACUGGCAACGUUUUGUCGUAUACCAAUGUAGACACACUUGUGAAUGCAACGGAGAAAGAAGGAGCAGAGGCAGCACAGCCUCCUGAGUUUGUUGUUGAUAAGAUGUCAUUCCUUUUCAAUAACUUGUCGAAUGCUAACAUUCAAGCCAAAAGAGAAGAGGUUCUUGGACUCAUAAACGAUCAUGGCGAACCGUUUGUCAAAUGGCUCGCUCAAUACAUUGUAAUGAAGAGAGUUUCUGUUGAGCAGAACUUCCAACCUUUGUACAAUUCUUUCGUUCAAACAGUUGAUCAUCCACUGCUAGACUACCACAUCAAGAAAGAGACAUUCAGAAACAUCAGGAUUUUGUUGAGAUCAGACAAAAGACAAGCUGCUUCUAACUACAGUGAUCGUCAAUUGUUGAAAAAUUUAGGAUCUUGGUUAGGCUCUAUUACAAUUGCUCGAAGCAAACCUAUUCUUAUACACGAAUUGGACUUGAAGUCUUUGCUUAUGGAGGCAUAUUAUAAGGGACAACAAGAACUUCUCUUCGUUGUACCGUUUAUAGCGAAAAUAUUGUUUUCUUGCAGUAAAACUGAGAUAUUCGGGGCGUCUUGUGCUUGGAUAAGAUCUGUUCUAAAGAUUCUGGCAGAGUUACACAACGAGCCGGACUUGAAAAUUAACUUGAAGUUUGAGAUUGAGGUUCUUUGCAAAGAACUUAAUGUUGAGCUUCAUAUGCUACCAGUAGAGGGAGUCUUGAAGGAUACAGACCGAUUAAUUAGAGUACAGCAACAGCUUUCUGAUCUCAAGCUUCUGGCUAGACCAGAUACUCUCGCUACAAGCUCUCCUGUACCAAGUCAAAUGCGUCUCGCUCCUGAUGCUGGAACCCCUGUAACAUCAGAUACCAAGCCCGGAACUCCAGCACCAGAUGCCGAAUCGUCUAACCAAAUGGAACCAACGCAAUUGGGCAACUAUGCUUAUCACGAGAUAAAUGUUGGAUCAUAUGAAGGAUUGGCCCCACAUAUUCAAAUCAAAGCAUCUUUGCCUCUUUUCCAGUUACAUCCUCAGUUGAAAACUGUUGUUAGACCUGCUUUGACUCAAGCCAUCAAAGAGUUAAUAGGACCUGUAGCUGAAAGGGCUCAAAAGAUUGCUACUACAGUGACUGAGAAUCUUAUUAGAAAGGAUUUUGCACUCGAUCCCGAUGAGAAGAACAUCAAGCUUGCAUCUUUCCAUAUGAUGAGAGCAAUGACAGCUGGUAUGGCCAUGAUUACUUGUCGUGAUCCACUGACAUCUACGAUGACUAAUUAUCUGCAAAACGCUUUCCAAUCGGCUUUGAGGUCAACUGCCAACCCAGGAUCUGUAGAACUCCUUAAAAUGAUCGAUGAAGCUUCACAGACAUUGACUCAUGAUAACGUUGAACUUGCUACAAACUUCAUUGUUAAAACAGCUUGUGAGAAGGCUGGCAGCGAUAUGACCAAGUUGUUGGAGCCUAAGGAAUGUGUUCCAAGAAUGCAUGCCAAACAGCAUGGAACUUUGUUCACAGAUGAAUCUGUUGAGAAGAUUCAAGCAAGCCUCCCACCAGCCAUCUCUGUCAGGCUUGGACCUACCAGAAGAGAGCUCAUGGAGAUUUAUACACAGUUCAGCAGUCGCAUUUGUGGCUUCAAGCCCAAUAUCUCCGACGAUGUGGUUCCAACGGAAACAAGACCAUUGGCUAUGCCAGAAACCGACAAGCAAUACGAAACUCUUGUUCAUCAGUUGAAUAUCAUCGUGAAAGAAAUUGAUACCACAAUGCACGCUCAACCAAAUGUGCAAAAUAAGGCUUAUCAGGCUGUUGGAGUAAUGAAAGAUUUAUUGUCUCAUUUGUCUGUGACUCCUCGAGAUCCAAAUGCUGUGAUUAAUUGCCUAACCAAGAGUGUUGAGUAUCUCCUGCAUGCUUAUCAUGUAGAUCCUACCACCAAAAAUGUAUUGGAUAUCGAGUGGCCUAGACGUUUACGCGAUUUGUUCAUUGGUGUCACCAGAGUUUUGCUAGGAUGGCUACCAAUAUCCGAAGUCUCUAGACGGAUUACCAACACCAUAAUCAACUUAAACGUUGAAUACAAAUGGAAUGUUGAAGCUUUUGAAGUUUUGCUCAAGCAUAAUCUCAUCCAAGCCGGUGGACUUGAUCAACAUCUUGCUGUUGAAAUCAAUGGUGGUUCGAAUUUGAAAGCUACUCUUUUCACUCAAAGACUCUUCCGUCUUUUGAGUGGAAGUAAUGGUGGAACAGAUCUCAACAAAUGCCAGAUAUUGAAGGAUGCAUUCCAGGCUUUCCCACUCACGUACGAACAGUUAGUCAAGGUUCAUCAGCUUCAACAGUCUGGAACUCGUAUCCCGGCUCCAGGAGAAGCAUCGGGAGGAAUGGAUUCACCCGCUCCUGCUGAAUUAUUAGGACCUAACCGAGAGGAAGGUGCCGGAGAGAUUUCUCAGAAAGUUGUCGAAGGAAUUUUACGAGAAUGGAUCAGUCUUUGCUACACACCAAUGGCUCAGAGAAGUCCUCAGGAGGCUUUGGCUCAAAUGAUUCACACGAUGCACGAACAUGGUGUUCUAUCGACUGAUGACAGAGUCUCUACUUUCUUCCGAAUGUGCACAGAAAUGUGUGUUGAUGUUACUCAACGUAUGAUCAAGCAGGAUCCAGGCAACUCUUUCCAUCAGAGUACGAUCAUCCGCCAGCGUUGCCAUUAUACCUUGGAUGCAUAUGUUAAGCUCAUCGCGUUGAUGAUCAAGCAUUCCGACGGUAGUCAAGCACAGACUAAGAUCACAUUACUGAAGAAGGUCCUCUCUAUCGUCACAAGUGUUCUUCAUCUGGAUCAUGAAGUUCGCAGAACAGAGUUCAACCCCAUGCCUUAUCAUCGCAUUCUCAUUACUCUUUUCAACGAACUUACAUCUCCUGAUAGCAAUGCUACCUUAGAGCCGAUUGCGUGGAACAUCCUAGAGGCUUUCGGACAAGCAUUGUUCGUACUCCAACCUAGACGCUGUCCUGGCUUCGCUUUCGCCUGGCUCGAUAUUGUUGGUCAUAGAAAUGUGAUUGGUCGCCUUCUUGGAAGUUCAAGUGAUACUCAGGAAUCUAUGAAGAUGCAAGCCAUGUACACUCAACUAAUUAUCUGUCAUCUAAAAUUCCUUGCACCAUUCUUGAGAAAUAUUCAUCUUCCAAAGAGUAUCAGUGUUCUUUAUAAAGGAACUCUGAGAGUUCUUCUGGUUAUUCUUCAUGAUUUCCCCGAACUUCUUUGUGAGUUCCAUUAUGUUAUUUGCGAUACUAUUCCCGCAAAUUGCGUUCAACUUCGAAACCUUGUACUAUCUGCUUACCCUCGUAACAUGAGACUACCAGAUCCUUUCGCUCUGAACUUCAAGCAAGUUGAUAGUAUUCCUGAUAUGGCACAGGAGCCGAAAUCUAAUCUCAAUAUGACAACCAUAAUCCCCGAAAACAUACGUGUUCCGCUAGACCGUUAUUUGAAUACUCGAUCUUCAGUUGAUUUCCUUACCUCAUUACCUGGAAUGCUUCAACAAACUAUUGUCCCAGGGUCCAAGUAUAAUACCACUGUAAUGAACGCUGUCGUUCUUUAUGUUGGAAUUAGGGCGAUUGAAAGCUUAAGUCAACGUCGUCAGCCUAUUAGUAUUUCUUCUAUCGCUCAUACUUCAUUCAUGGAUAUUUUCCAAAAUCUGGCUGUCCAACUCUGCACAGAGGGACGUUAUCUGUUAUUUAACGCUAUUGCUAAUCAAUUACGUUAUCCAAACGCCCAUACGCAUUACUUCAGUUGCGUAUUCCUAUUCCUCUUCCUAAACUCAGACUGUGAUGCCAUUCAAGAACAAAUUACGCGUAUUCUGUUUGAAAGACUAGUUGCUUUACGUCCUCAUCCAUGGGGUCUUCUCAUUACCUUUAUCGAAUUGAUCAAGAAUCCAUCUUAUAAGUUCUGGAAGUUCGAAUUCACACGUUGCGCCCCUGAAAUAGAAAGACUCUUCCAAAAUGUUGCUAAUACUUGUGUAGCUCCCAGUAGGACCGGUAGUGCUACAAACGAUCCACCACGGGCUUAA